AUGGCCACCCUAUUUUCAUCUCCAUCUCUUCACUCAAUUCGUCUUUCUUCUUCUACAUUCCCUGUUUCUUCCUCUUCUUCUCAAUCUCUUCAAUUUUGCACUUUUCCAUGCCACCCUCGCUUGAAGGCACUGUCAAUUAAAAAGAGCCGCUGUUUACUUGUGGCUAAGGCAGUGGAAGAUGAAACCCAACAACAACAAGAACCAGUUGUUGCUGAGAUUGAACAACAGCAACAGCCAGCAUCAACCUCGGAGCAACAAACCGUUGUUGUUCCCAUUUCACCAUCAGACACUCUCACCAUGCUCUUUCAGGCAGAGGGAACAUUGAAUGAAACAGCUGUUCCAUCUUUGACCAAAGUUUUAGAGAAGAUUGAGGGUGUUAAAAAUUUGAAGGUUAAUGUAUACGAGGGACUCACAACUUUAGAGUUGGAAAAGCAGACAACCAUCCAAGCAACAGGAGUGGCUUCUAGUCUUGUAGAAACCAUACAAGGUUUAGGCUUCAAAUUACAGACAUUAAACCUGAGUUUUGAUGAUGAAGAAGUUGUUGCAGUUGCCUAG